UGACCCCCCCGAGUCCCUGACUCCUCCACUAUAUAUAACUCUUCAUCAUCUGUACACUCGCACCCCAUUUUCUCUCUCCUCCUCCUUUGUAAGCGGCGCAUUGUUGUUGUAUCACUGUUAUUGUCAUUAGUACUCACCUACCCCUCUGUUUCUCUCUUGAUCCGCCCGCCAUGGCUGCUACUUUCGAGAAGAUCAAGGUCACCAACCCCAUUGUUGAGAUGGAUGGUGAUGAAAUGACUCGUGUUAUCUGGCAGAUGAUAAAGGACAAGCUGAUUUCUCCAUUCCUGGAGUUGGAUAUAAAAUACUUUGAUCUUGGUCUUCCUCACCGUGAUGCCACUGAUGACAAAGUUACUGUUGAAAGUGCUGAAGCAACCCUGAAGUACAACGUGGCUAUCAAGUGUGCAACUAUUACUCCAGAUGAAGCCCGUAUGACAGAGUUUAAGUUGAGGCAAAUGUGGAAAAGCCCUAAUGGGACUAUUAGGAACAUUCUGAAUGGUACUGUGUUUAGAGAACCCAUUCUUUGUAAAAAUGUUCCUAGGCUUGUUCCAGGAUGGACAAAGCCUAUAUGCAUUGGAAGACAUGCAUUCGGAGAUCAGUACAAAGCAACUGAUGCUGUCAUUAAGGGACCUGGGACACUCAAGCUAGUUUUUGUACCCGAAGGAAAAGAGGAGAAAACAGAAAUGGAGGUUUACAAGUUUACUGGAAACGGAGGAGUAGCUUUGUCCAUGUAUAACACUGAUGAGUCAAUUUCUUCAUUUGCUGAGGCUUCAAUGAACAUGGCCUUGGAGAAAAAGUGGCCACUCUAUCUUAGCACAAAGAACACCAUUCUUAAGAAAUAUGAUGGAAGAUUUAAGGACAUAUUUCAAGAAGUUUAUGAAAGCAAGUGGAAGACAAAGUUUGAGGAAGCCGGAAUAUGGUAUGAGCAUCGUCUCAUUGAUGAUAUGGUUGCUUAUGCUCUCAAGAGUGAUGGAGGUUAUGUGUGGGCAUGCAAGAACUAUGAUGGGGAUGUACAGAGUGAUUUCCUUGCCCAAGGGUUCGGAUCUUUGGGAUUGAUGACUUCUGUAUUGAUAUGCCCUGAUGGCAAGACAAUUGAAGCUGAAGCUGCUCAUGGAACGGUAACACGCCAUUUCAGAGUUCACCAGAAGGGUGGUGAAACCAGCACCAACAGCAUUGCUUCAAUCUUUGCUUGGACUCGGGGACUUGCUCACCGGGCUAAGUUGGACAGCAACGAGAAACUCUUGGAGUUCACACAGAAAUUGGAAGAAGCUUGUGUCGGCACUGUUGAAUCUGGAAAGAUGACCAAGGAUCUUGCUAUUAUCACCCAUGGAUCCAAGAUUACAAGGGACCAAUAUCUGAACACAGAAGAGUUCAUUGAUGCUGUGGCUGCAGAGCUUAAAGCAAGACUCUAGGCCCUUUGUGAGUGGAUAUUUGCAUUCUUAAUUGUGUGGUUUGUUACAGUCUACCUACUAGAUCUGCGAUUUUUACGAAUUGAUAACAGUCGAGUGAGAGAAACAAGCACAACAUUCUUGAUCUCUUGAGGUUUUUUGGGUUUUUGUUAGCUUAAAUCUCACUUGGCUUCGAUUUAAUGAUCCCCUUUGUUUGAUCUUGAUUGAUUUCAAACGGCCGUGUUCUUUGGCCUUUACAAACUCGAUACAAUUUCAAGUAUGUUGGAAAGUUAUAGUUCAAUGUUAGUUUACUUGCGCAUUAUCGUUUC